AUGGGUAGGAAUGAUAACAUUGGAAGCGAUUCUGACAUAGAAUUGACACCACAAGAUCGAUAUUUAUCUAAAAGAAACUCCAAAGAAACCAUAGGCCAUAGUACAUUACAAUCAGAAGUAUUAAAUGAAGCAACAAAGGACGCUGGUCCCCAAUUAAAUGUCAAUAUUAGACAUGAAAAUUUAUACAAUCAGUUGAUAUUUGGUUGUAGAAGCAUAAAUAACUACAAAAUACUGAAUAAAAUAUCAGAAGGAACCUAUGGCGCUGUAUUUCGGGCUAUGGAUGGGGAAACUGGUAACAUUGUAGCACUAAAGGAAAUUAAAUACCACAAAGGACUUUGGUCAGAAGGUUUCCCUAUAACAAGCCUUAGAGAGAUUUCAAUACUCCUUGAAGCUAAUCAUGAAAACAUACUAUCGGUGAAGGAAGUCGUUGUUGGCGAUGCACUUAACAAUGUUUUUAUGGUUAUGGAAUAUGUAGAGCAUGAACUCAAGCAACUUCUGGAAAGUAAUAAGCCGGAUUUCUCAUUGGCUGAAAGAAAGUGUUUGUUGAAACAGUUGCUAAAAUCGGUGUGUUUCAUGCACGAUAAUUGGAUCAUACACCGUGACCUUAAAACAUCAAACAUAUUGUACAAUAAUAAAGGGGUGCUUAAAUUGUGUGAUUUUGGUAUGGCCAGGAAGUUUGGAGAGCCGAUAAGCGACAAUUAUACGCAUAACAUUGUGACGCUGUGGUAUAGAUCACCUGAAUUAUUGUUAGGUAUCAAAAAAUAUACACCUGCGGUUGACAUUUGGUCAGUUGGUUGUAUAUUUGCCGAGAUAAUAUCUGGAAAACCCCUAUUUACAGGGAAGAAUGAAGUGGAUAUGAUUAAUCGGAUUUUCAGGCUUUGUGGAACGCCAACCGAAACUGAUUGGCCUGGUUUUACCAAGAUAUUGGAGCACGUAUCACAAAGAUUUUCUGUUCAAAACUACAAGCAUCCAACAUUUCGUGAAGUAUUUCCUUUGGGUACAGCACAAUAUUCCACUAACCGCUACCUUACUGAUUGUGGACUUGACUUGCUUAGCAAAUUGCUUGAGGUUAAUCCGGAUAAACGUAUUACUGCCAGGGACGCUUUAUCCCAUCCCUACUUAACAAUGGAAAAGCCACAGCCACAAGUUGAAAUGUUCAUGCCAACUGUUCCAGAUUCUAAUUGCAAGGUUAGGAAAAAGGGAAAUCAUAAUGUAACAUCGUAG